GCGUAAUGCCAGGCACUUCGUCCCCUGUCUCUUUAGGAUCUUCCGAGCCACCGAUGUCCUUUCAGUUUGUCAACCUCACAGAUCCUAGUGAUACCAAGGAUCAAAAGGUUCGACGAGCUAUUCGAAGCCAUGUCACGAAGCAACAACAUCAGAGAGCAGAACAACUUGCAGCAGCUCGAAGAUCAAAUAGUGAUCCGCAGUUGCUUGGUACAUCAUCAGCACAAAUUCCACAAGGUCGGGCGCAUUCGGCGUCUUACCCUGUGUCAAGACCUACUUCCUCGGACCAGCACAGCCCAAUAUCUCCGACCAGCAGCUCUGACGUAUCUUCGUUUUCAUCGACACCUCAGUACCCCAUGAUAGACGUAUCACAGGUCUACCCAGCUCAGUGGCUUCCCUAUCUCAAUCAGAUUCUGGAGAACUACAUGGCUAUUCAAGCCAUGAACGGGAACCUUUCGACCAAGGAUUCCAUGAUUGCAACCAUGGCAACCAUGGCCCAGUAUGAGGCCUUCUGGAGGGAUGCAGAUGCAUUCUCGACGCACAUGAGUGGUCUACGGCAGUUUGUUGAGAUGCGCGGUGGACUCUCGGCAUUAGGACUAGAUGGGUUCCUCGAAAGGAUGUUAGUAGCCAUCGAUCUCGACUUGGCUAGAACUACUGGGCACGAGCGAUUGUUUGCUUCGAGCCGACAAUUCCUCCGUCGGCAAGGAUCGGACGGC